AUGACGUCCGACUCGAAUAGAAAAGUAGAGCUAAUGCUCCUCCCUGGACUUGGGAUGGGUGACCUCGUGCCAAUCGUCCAGUUCGUACAGCGGAUCGUUGAUUAUGACUGUAGAUUCUCCGCCACCAUACUCAGCAUUCAAGUCCCUAGCGACUCACUUGUCACCGCCUAUGCUCAAUCACGCGCCACCUCCUCCGCGGGGUUACGUUUUAUAGACCUCCCCAUGGUGGAACCACCUUCACCUGACCUUAUCCAAACACCAAUAGGCUUUAUGUCACUGUUCAUACAGAAACUCAAACCCCACGUAAAGCAUGCAAUCACCAACCUCAUGUCGACUCAGUCCAAGUCCGAAUUGGUCAUACUCAUCAUUGACACGUACUGCAUGACGAUGAUCGGCGUGGCUAACGAGCUCGGCAUCCCUUGCUACCUCUUCUUCCCAUCACCAACCGCUUUACUCAGUUUGAUGCUCCACCUCCCGACCCUUGACCAACAAAUCACCACCGAGUUUCACGAGUCCAGCACUCAGUUAGAGGUGCUGACUUUUGCCAACUCAGUUCACCCACUCGUCUUACACUCUAUUCUAUUGAGCAGAACUCAAGAUGGCUUGGCCAGUAUAAGUGGGGCCCAAGUGAGAGAGAUAGCAACCGGUCUUGAGCGAACCGGGCAAUGGUUUUUGUUGUCACUGCGCCGACCGGAGGCUUUUGAGUCACGCGACUACACUGAUCCAGACGAGGUGUUGUCGAAUGGGUUUUCGGAAAGAACUUCUGAGACGGGUUUGAUUUGCGGGUGGGUCCCACAUGCGACAAUCCUGGCCUACAAGGCAAUCGGAGGGCUGGUGUCUUACUGUGGGUGGAACUCGUUUAUGGAGAGCUUGUGGUACGGGGUACCUGUUGCCACGUAGCCGGUUUGGAGACAAAAGAUGAUAGCAUUUGAGCUAGUGAGGGAGCUGGGAUUGGCGGUGGAGAUAAGAUCACCGGGUUACAUGGACGGCGGUGAUUUGGUUUUGGCGGAGGAGGUGGAAAGGGAAGUGAAAGCUUUAAUGGACGGUGAUGGUAAGUUGAGGAAAAAGGUUGAGGAAAUGAAUGAGAAAAGUGGGAAGGUUGUGAUGGAAAAUGGUUCAUCAUUUGUUUGCAUGGGAGAAUUAGUAGAGGAGCUUAUGAAGGCAAACAUUUGA